CAGGCAGGUUCGCUUGUUGCUGUUUCGAUAAGCUCAAGGACGCGGCGUGGCAUGGAGGAAUGGAGUGAAGAUGCGAAAAGGAGCCCGGGGAGACCAUCAUUCUUGGUACCGCGCUAGCUUGCUCCAUCAAUGAUCCAAUAUGCCGCCGACGGUUGCCUCCCUCUCCUGAUAGAAUUUCACACUUUGUGUGAGGACUGACUGCCCUCCCUCUCCCGGUGUGGCCAGCCAUCGCCCAUUAGACGCGGUGAGCGUUCAUUGUUGGAGUUUGCCAAGGAACGCAGACAACGAAGGCGUCUCGAAAGCCACAACCUCUUGACGGAGAGCACCAGGCUGUUGGUGGAUGAUAUGAGUCCACCACUAAGGGGUCCUGGCCAGGCACUCUGCUCUCCAUCCUUCUGUCGCGUUGCCCUCUCAUGACCUCCCAGAGACAGUCUUGGCGGCCCUUGCGCCGUGGUAUCAGAUACAUGGCAGGUCAAUAUCGCCAGCAGCAUCCUGGGCGGUCUCGAGACCUUGACGACAGCCCCUCUAAGAUCGCUCAGGUCAGGGCUGCCCAAUGGCAUGGGAAGGCUCUCGCUCGUCUGUGGAAGGGGAGGCGGUCCCGGUCCAAUCGUUCUGAGCUGUGUGUACCACCACACCGGUGGUGGAACACAGCUGCAUCGACAUGCGGUGGUUGGCCUUCGUCCCCAGAAUGCGAUGACACCCCAGACGAUCUGGGGGAAUGGGGAGGGGUGGAGGGAAGACGGUUUACCGUCCACGGUUCGAAUCAACGCCUAAUUCAUCCAGCCACAAUAUGCGAUCCGGGGGACAGCACAUUGACCAAAUGAAGAGGUUUGUCCAUGAAGGAGAUGGGCGAGCUCGUCUGGAUUGUAGCGGUGAUCUUCCAGGAACAUAAAUAAGCCCCCCGGGUUCCGAGAUGUUCGGGCUCGAUGUGACCUCGCCUUCUCCUCAUCAUAGCAAUAGGCUUGACUUUGGAAAGCAACCCGAAGUCCUUCCUGGCAACCAGUCCUUUGCAAACUCGGCGA